AUGUUCCCACCACCUAAUAGGAGCCAAAGUAGGCCGUGGUCUCAAAUUCAAGGCGAAUUCCUGGUUUCUAAGGGGAGGCAUUUUCAUGAACUGAACCUAGAGGGGGGGGGGGGGAUGAAUGGGGGUGGGGCCUCGAGAGGAAGAAGCCCUCAGGGUGAGCUCCUGGCAGGGAAGGCAGGACAGCGGCCCUCAUGUGAUGGGGCAGUGGUUUUCAGUCCCACGCAGGUGCAGUUCAUCCCUAUGGAACACAGUGUCCCGUAUCUUGAAUUAUCUCUCCGUUCAGCAGAUGGUGCUAAUGCAAAAUGGUGCUAA